GGUGAGACAAAAAGGAAUAUGGAAUCCCAUCUUCCCCUGGAGCACUGUCUUUGACGUGAUUUAAUACACCUUUUAACUCCACUAACGUAAAAGUUAGAUUUAGAGAAGAAGGGGCAUCAGAGUUAUAUUGCUUAUAAGACAGGAUAGGAUCGUUGAGUGGAGCAGAAGGAGGAGCCAAACGAUCAAGGAAUUGAUCUGCUAAUUCUAUAGGCAGCAACAAUGCGUUAGAAGGAUUGACAGCUGAUCUAAAUCUUUUGAUAUUUCGCCAUAUGACAGUAGCAUGUGUUUCAGGGAAAUGAAAUGAUUAUGGGAUAGUGAUCACUAUUAUAAGUGGAACACAAAGUAGACCAAGAUAGAGAAGAUGCUAACUGGGGAGUACAAAUGGACAGGUCAAUGGCACUAAUUACUUCACCAGGCUUUGUGAGGCGAGUAGGAGAACCCGAGUUUAAAAUGCACAGGCUAUACAUGUCUAAGAUAUCUAAUAAUUCAUAACCAUAACUAUUAGAUACUGAACUACCCCAAGAUGUGUGAUGAGAGUUGAAAUCACCCAGAAUCAUGAAAGGCCGAGGAAGAACUGAAAUUAAGUUUUUAAUUUCAUUGAAGAUUUGCAAGGAGGGGUGAGGGACAUAGAUAGAGACAAAACAGAUACCAUCAACAAUAGCUGCAAUGACAGAAAAGCAGUUACUAUGUGAAGGGAGAGGGAAGGAAGAAAAGGUGCUAGAGUUUCUGAUGAGUAGGCAUACACCACCAUAUCCAUCAGCCCUGUCUUCUCUUAAGCACGAAUAACCAGGGAUUUUGAAUACAAAAUCUGGCUUUAGCCAGGUUUCAGAUAGAGAAAAUAUAAAAGGAUUAAAAGUAUUUAUAAUAUGUAUAAUUUCAUGCUUUUUGUUUAUAAUACUGCGGCAAUUCCAUUGAACUAACUUGUCCAUGUUGGCCAUUAUUAAUAUUAGUAUAAGUACGAAUUAAAUUAGCAGCGUGGGACGGUAUAGAUAAAUUGGGUUCAGAAAGUAAUUUGAUCAAUAUAGUAAUUAACUCUGCUAUUGUCUGUUGUGAAUUUGCAUUAGACGAGGAUGGUAAUGCACAUCCAUUAGAAGGCUCUGGCAUAUUGUAGUCCCUUACAAGAGACUCAUGUGCUACAUGAUCAAAACCUUUACUGUGUUGAGGAGGAGUUCUGGGUUUAGUGAAGACUGUUUUUUUAUAAGAUAUUGUACGUGAGGAUGGUGAACCAGGCAAUACUGUAUUUCCACCAGGAACAGAUUUAGUUGGGAGAGAGGAUACAAUAUCAGCAAAUGAUUUAGAAAUGGGGGGAUGCAAUUUUGACGCUUCAAUAUAGGAUAAGCUAUUCUCUGCCAUUGUUACUUUAAUAUCUGUUUGUCUCACGUACUCUGGACACUUUUUGCUCGAAGCAAAGUGCAGCCCAGAACAUAAGCAGCAAGAUACACAGUCUUCCUCCACAUUACAAGUAUCUCCAGUGUGGCCCUGACCACACUUGAAGCACCUGGGCUUUGACCUACAUUGGACCUUGGUGUGCCCAAAGCGGCAACAAUUAAAGCACUGGAUGGUUGGGUAUAUAUACAAUUUAACAUAACAUAUUAAUUAUUAUAAUUAUAUACAUAAAUACACGUUUGGGCAAAACUUGUCUUGUGUAAGAAUUAUAACACAUAAAUACACGUUUGGGCAAAACUUGUCCAUCAAAUGUAAACACGACUGUUUGCGAAGGUUUCCAUGUGGGUGUGUUGUUUAUCAUGACUUUAUAGUUUAGUCUUCUAAUUUUCAGAAUUUCCCCACACCCAAUGGGUACAUUCGUGUUCUGCAUAAUAUCUUCAGGGGACCACUCAGUUGGGACUCCCCUAACUAAACCCAUCCUCGUAAUGUUAAAAGUUGGGAUAAAAGCCUUCAUGUUGUUUGUAGCUAAGCAGUUUGAAGUGACAAAGCUGUUAGCGUCUGUAUAAUUAUUAAAAGAAAGUGUCAUUUUAUUUCGGCCAAUACGUUUCAAACUUCCAUUAACAAUAUUUUUGAAAAAAUUUUUUUUUAAAAAUCUGCCAAACACAACUGGGUGUAAUGUUGUACCAUCAUCAUCAGCAGACUGUAUUUUCUGCACGUGUACCACAAACGGGCCGUGGUCAUUGGCAUCAUAACUAGCCCUACCAAUUUGUGUGGAGGCUUUAUGAGACAUAUCAGUGGGAGGAACGGGCUUUGAAGAUGUAUCAGUGCAAGGACCAGGUGCAGGCAAAUCAAUAGUGCUCUCAGUAAAUUCGUCUUUGCAUUGACAGUCCGAUUGUUUAAAUGUUUCUGUAUUAUUUUUUCUUUUCCUUUUGUUACAAUUUUUACAAAUUUUGUGGAGCUGGUUACGCUUCAGCUUCCUUUUAGACACCAAAGAGCAGUCAGAAUCCAUUCCGGAUUCGUUGGAGAUUGUGACAAAUGCAACCGCGGGGGGCGCUGUGCCCCCCGGGUCCGGAGGCUCGUUCAUAUAAAUAUAAAAAACUUACCCCAACUCGAAGAAAAAAAGAAUAAAAUACAAAAAAAUUUAAAUAAUAAUAAAAAUUACAAAUAUAUACAAGUUUUAACUAUUCUGAUCACUUAAUAUAUUAAAAAAAAAUAUUUUUCAACAAAUUCAAACAAAAACCGCGCCCGCCAAAUUCAAAGGUUUCCCGCGUUUUUUCGACGUCAUUGUCAAUCUGUUUUAUUCGUUAUUUGUCAAUGUAUCUAAUGUAAUCAAAGCAAAUUUUACUGUUAAUUUUAGAUAAUAAUAAAGAUAAAAUAUAAUAAAGAUCUUCAGUACCUACUACCACUGUUUGUAGAAGCUCUUCUAAAUCUACAAAUUCUGUGGUAGUAGGUACUGAAGAUCUUUCCGCUUGUAUCACAGCAGCGUCACCUUCUUCAUUACGUAAAGCUACUGUACCCGCUUAUAUUCGAGGAAUAAGAGCAGAAGCACUUCUCGACACCGGCAGCUCCGUCAGUUUUAUAAAUGACAACUUUGCAAGACUAUGCGGGUUAAAAAGAAAAUCCUGCAAUCAGACUAUUUCUAUGGCCUCUCUUAAUUAUACUUCACAAGUAGAAGGUCAAACUUGGCAAACCCUGAGAAUCGGAAAUCAUAGAUAUGAUAAUGUGAAUCUUCUUAUCGUGAAAAAUCUUUGUGCUGAUAUAAUUAUCGGCCAUGACGUCCUCGAAGAACAUUCAUCGCUAGAGUUCUCUUUCGGUGGGCCAAAACAUCCACUUCAAGUAUGUAACGUAGCUGAAGCAUCAGUACCAGUACAAAGAGUACAGGAAUUUUUACAUGUUCGAGGUAUUGCCACUAGUAGAACUACAGCUUAUAACCCUCAAGGUAACGGUCAAGUAGAAAAAUUGAAUUCUACUCUUUGGAGAACGAUUCUUUUGGCCCUGAAGACGAAGCAUCUUUCGGUAGAAAAUUGGGAACAAGUAUUACCACAAGCCUUACAUUCAGUUCGAUCAUUACUUUGUACAACCAUAAAUUGCACUCCACAUGAAAGAAUGUUUAGACACCCUCGAAGAUCUACUAACGGCACUUCUGUUCCAUCGUGGCUUACAAAUUCUGGACAAGUCUUGAUGAAGAAAUUUAAUCGUACAAAUAAAUAUCAGCCAUUAGUAGAAGAGGUUGAAUUGAUACAUAGCAAUCCUGAUUUUUCAUACAUUCGGCUUCCAGAUGGCCGAGAAACAACAGUGUCGAAUCGUCAUCUAGCACCAUUGGGUUCAGAAAGGGUAGAUCUGCGAAUAGAUAAUGAACACACUAUUGAUUAUCAUAACGUCGCAGAACCACUUCCGGAAACAGAAGACCAAAACUUGGAGAUUCCUUCAUCCAAUGAAACGGGACCUGUGGUACUUGAUAAUAGCAGAGAGCUAGAGACAGAAUUACCAUCAUCACCACCGCCGGAGCCAACACUUCGUAGAUCUGGUCGCGUCCAUAAAACGCCAGGAUUUUUGAAAGAUUAUAUUUUAAAAUAGUGCGGGAGAAUGAUGUAAACUUCUUAGUUGAAAUUAUCAGCCAUAAGUUGACGUCAUUGUCAAUCUGUUUUAUUCGUUAUUUGUCAAUGUAUCUAAUGUAAUCAAAGCAAAUUUUACUGUUAAUUUUAGCUUAUUAAAACCUUAUAUUCAGUAAAGGUUUUCUCUUAUUUCACUGUUUAAUAUCUGUGAAAGUGCACAAAUGUGGGAAAAUGAAACAAAGCUGCUGGACGUAACCUCUCGAGUUCCUUCAAAAAGUCCACUGAAAAAAUCUCAGUAAAUGACCACCAUUUUACUGCGAUUAUAUUUCAUCCCAUAUCAUUUCAUUUAAUUUCAUCCCAGUUGAUUAAUGUCUGAAAUUAAUCAUCUUCAUUUCAUUUCACUCCAUUUUAUCAUUUUUCAUAAAAAUAAGAAUAUAAAUUAAAAUAAGACAUGACUCAAAGGUCUUAGUUACCAGGUCAUAAAAUCCAUUAAAAAAAAAAAAGAAAGAAAUAUGUUCGGUGAUAGCUUCGCUAGAAGUAAUAGUGUUCUGUGGGUGAUAGUGUGAUGUUUGUUUCCUUCGCGUAAUGUGUGUUGUUGCAUUACAUCGUAGAGUAAUAUUACCGGAGUAAUAUCACUCGCAUUACUUACACAUGUCUAAUGAGAAUGCAUCCUUCUGAAAAACGUUAUGUUUGUGAAGUGUGCGAAAAACGCUUUACACGAAUUGCUGAUUUAAAAACACACAUUAGAAUACAUACUGCGGAAAAACCAUACAUUUGUGAAAUAUGUAGAAAAGGUUUUUCCCAAAUUAGUAGUUUAAAAUCUCAUAUAAGAAUACAUACUGGAGAAAAACCGUACAUUUGUGAAGUAUGUAGAAAAGGUUUUGCCCAAAUUGGUAAUUUACAAUCUCAUCUAAGAAUACACACUGGAGAAAAACCGUACAUUUGUGAAGUAUGUAGAAAAGGUUUUUCCCAAAUUAGUAGUUUUAAAUCUCAUAUAAGAAUACAUACUGGAGAAAAACCGUACAUUUGUGAAGUAUGUAGAAAAGGUUUUGCCCAAAUUGGUAAUUUACAAUCUCAUAUAAGGAUACACACUGGAGACAAACCGUACAUUUGUGAACUGUGUCAGAAGUGCUAUGCACGAAUUGAUACUUUGAAAAAACACAAGAGAACACAUACUGCAGAGAAACCUUAUGUUUGUGAAGUGUGCGAAAGACGCUUUACACAAAUUGGUGAAUUAAAAACACACAUUAGAAUACAUACUGCGGAAAAACCUUACAUUUGUGAAGUGUGUAGAAAAGGUUUUAACCAAAUUAAUCAUUUAAAAUCCCAUCUAAGAAUACACACUGGAGAAAAACCGUACAUUUGUGAAGUGUGUCAGAAGUGCUAUGCACGAAUUGAUACUUUGAACAUACACAAGAGAAGACAUACUGCAGAGAAACCUUAUGUUUGUGAAGUGUGUGAAAAAAGCUUUUCACGAAUGAGUAAUUUAAAUAUCCACAUAGCAACACAUUCGGCAGAGAAAUCUUAUGUUUGUGAUAUGUGUAAAAAAUCUUUUGCACAGAUGAGUUGUUUAAAAAAACAUAUAUGUAAAACACACUGCUGAAAAACUUUGUUUGUGAUGUGUGAUAAAAAGACUGCACAAUUUCAUUGUUAAAAAAUGCAGAUGAUAACACAUAAAGCAGAAAAAUAUUUCACAACUUGUGAAUCACAAAUUUGUCAUUUAAGAACACACAUGAGAAUAGAUACAGAAGACAAACCGUCUGCUUGUGAAAUUUGUACAUAAGGUUUUACACAUAUCAGUCAUUUAAAACACACACAAAGAUACCUACUAGAGAAGAAGCCCUAUUAUUGUGAAUUGUGUGGAAAAGGUUUUUCAGUGUUGGUAAUUUUAAUUCACAUAAGAAAAUGCAUAUUUGAGAAAAACAGUAUGCAUGUGUAAAGUGUAACAAAGCAUUUGCACAAAUUGAUAGUUUAAUAAUGUAUCUGAGAAUAUAUAAUAUCAUAAAAUGCCUGAUCUUUCCAAGAAUUUCUAGGUUAUUAUGUUUUUUUUUUAUGUAAAUACAUAAUGUAGCAUACCUACGACUUGUAAAGAACAAAUGCCAAUCGGAACUUUAUGGUCCUUGCAAAACAACUCAUUAUAACCUAGGCCUCAUAUUUUCUGAGAAAUAAGCUUGAACAUAGCCAUGCAAAGUUGUUGAUAUUCUCUCUACUUUGUCCAAACAAUAAUAAUACAGGUAAAAUAUAUGUUUCCAAAUAGAGAGAUUCCAUACCCAUGAAGUAUUGGAGUAGUAUUCAUAUUUAACCUUGUCAUAAAAGGUCAAAAGUUUUAUUUUUUAUGUCUUGGAGAUGGGCAAAGUUAGGCAGAUUUAUUGAAGCAGUAAUGCGUUUCGGGAUUAUUCGAAGCAGUAAUGCGUUUGUAGAUGUCUAUGGGCUCCAGUAGCCACUUAACACCAGGUCGGCUGUGAGCUCGUCCACCCAUCUAAGCAAUAAAAAGAAACAUGUACAUACUUAGAACGAAAUAUUCGAGGGCUGUCAUUAUAGAAAAUAAAACUACAUAUUAUUGAAUAAAAAAAAAAAUUGACAUUUUCUUUUAUAUUGCACCUGGGUAACAAUUUGUACUUGUAAUGCAAUAAUCAAAAUACAAUACUUUUAGCAACGGCUUAAUAAUUUAAAUAAAUAAAAAAUACAAAAGUGGGUAGGAACGAUCGACACAGAAUAUUAAACCUAAGAAACCGGCAGACCGACAGAGCGACUGACCGACUUGACUGCCUGAGACAGACUGCCGCGACACUGUUUACGCACCGCCAUUUUAUACAGUGGCGCUACAGUGUCUACCCUACAACAUUUUAUCAUAAUAAUCAUAACAAUGUCUUAAUAUUACUAAAGUCGUUAUCCAUGACAUGUUAAUUAUUAUUUUUGACUUAAGAGGGCGUCGCCUCUAACACGGCCUCUCCUGACGAGGGGUCGUCCUCGAGCCUGGGUUACACAUGCGUGUGGCAUGUCCAAAUCCUAAUCGAGCAGCGGUAUUGACAACCCGCUCGUGGGCGGUGGUGAGUUCCUGGUGUCAUCUGCAUUGCGCGGCGACGCUAGAUCUGAUGCUGCUUCAUUAACUCGCUACGAACCAAAUAGUUAGUAACGGCGACAUGACAAAAGUCUGGUUGACAUGGCCAAGUUAGCAUGUCAAGCCAAUACACUCGUAACGUGAACUUUGUUACCACGUUAACACAUCUACGUGAACUUUGUUACCACGUCAACACAUCUACGUGAACUUUGUUACCACGUCAACACAUCUACGUGAACUUUGUUACCACGUCAACACAUCUACGUGAACUUUGUUACCACAUCAACACAUCUACGUGAACUUUGUUACCACGUCAACACAUCUACGUGAACUUUGUUACCACGUCAACACAUCUACGUGAACUUUGUUACCACGUCAACACAUCUACGUGAACUUUGUUACCACGUCAACACAUCUACGUGAACUUUGUUACCACGUCAACACAUCUACGUGAACUUUGUUACCACGUCAACACAUCUACGUGAACUUUGUUACCACGUCAACACAUCUACGUGAACUUUGUUACCACGUCAACACAUCUACGUGAACUUUGUUACCACGUCAACACAUCUACGUGAACUUUGUUACCACGUCAACACAUCUACGUCAACUAUGUUACCACGUCAACACAUCUACGUCAACUAUGUUACCACGUCAACACAUCUACGUCAACUAUGUUACCACGUCAACACAUCUACGUCAACUAUGUUACCACGUCAACACAUCUACGUCAACUAUGUUACCACGUCAACACAUCUACGUCAACUUUGUUACCACAUCAAUCUCUGCGUGAACUUUGUUACCACGUCAACACAUCUACGUGAACUUUGUUACCACGUCAACACAUCUACGUGAACUUUGUUACCACGUCAACACAUCUACGUGAACUUUGUUACCACGUCAACACAUCUACGUGAACUUUGUUACCACGUCAACACAUCUACGUGAACUUUGUUACCACGUCAACACAUCUACGUGAACUUUGUUACCACGUCAACACAUCUACGUGAACUUUGUUACCACGUCAACACAUCUACGUGAACUUUGUUACCACGUCAACACAUCUACGUGAACUUUGUUACCACAUCAACACAUCUACGUGAACUUUGUUACCACGUCAACACAUCUACGUGAACUUUGUUACCACGUCAACACAUCUACGUGAACUUUGUUACCACGUCAACACAUCUACGUGAACUUUGUUACCACGUCAACACAUCUACGUGAACUUUGUUACCACGUCAACACAUCUACGUCAACUUUGUUACCACGUCAACACAUCUACGUCAACUAUGUUACCACGUCAACACAUCUACGUCAACUAUGUUACCACGUCAACACAUCUACGUCAACUAUGUUACCAUGUCAACACAUCUACGUCAACUAUGUUACCACGUCAACACAUCUACGUCAACUAUGUUACCACGUCAACACAUCUACGUCAACUAUGUUACCACGUCAACACAUCUACGUCAACUAUGUUACCACGUCAACACAUCUACGUCAACUUUGUUACCACGUCAAUCUCUGCGUGAACUAUGUUACCACGUUACGCGAACCACAUUACCACGUUACGCGAACCACAUUACCACGUCACGCGAAACACGCCAUCACGUCACGCGAAACACACCAUCACGUCACGCGAAACACGCCAUCACGUCACGCGAAACACGCCAUCACGUCACGCGAAACACGCCAUCACGUCACGCGAAACACGCCAUCACGUCACGCGAAACACGCCAUCACGUCACGCGAAACACGCCAUCACGUCACGCGAAACACGCCAUCACGUCACGCGAAACACGCCAUCACGUCACGCGAAACACGCCAUCACGUCACGCGAAACACGCCAUCACGUCACGUGAAAUAUGUUAUCACGUUACAACAUCUACGUGAACUAUCUCUGCGUGAACUAUGUUACCACGUUACAUCUCUACGUGAACCACGUUACCACGUUACAUCUCUGCGUGAACCACGUUACCACGUUUCAUCUUUGCGUGAACCGCGUUACCACGUUACAUCUCUGCGUGAACCGCGUUACCACGUUACAUCUCUGCGUGAACCGCGUUACCACGUUACAUCUCUGUGAUGUGACCUAUGUUACCACAUCGCAAGGUUUACGUUACUCAGUAAGCAUAUGCACACAACUCUUACAUGACCAGACGGUAGUAAACUGAAAAACUGAACCAUAACAAUCAUUGAUAACACAAGGUCAAAACACAAUAAUCAGAAACUACAACAACUCAGAUCGUAUAAAACGUUCUUGGCCUGGCUGUCAGCGCAGCUAGUGUCACUAGCCAUAUUAUCAUUACCACAAAUGAUAAAACCAAUACACAUCACUUCACAAUAUAGAGUCAGCGACUCUCAGGUCGUUACUAGAUCAACACAACAAUAGUCUCCUUUGAGACCCAGGUCUUCGCUAUACCACCAGCUACCCAUCGCCCUCUGAACAACUCACAAGUGAAUUGCAGUCACGACUGCGGACAGGUGCGUACAGUACGACCAAAUAGUGAUGGUAUCAGCUGUACCACUCGAUGGAGGUAAUCUCACCUCACUCAUCACAGUCUUCUGCGUUUAACUCGUCAGUAGGGCAACUUUUCUUUAUGUAAUCAUGAGUGUUAUAGGUUCUAUUACCAGUUAAAGCGAUCUAUCUUCAUUAGAUCAUCAAAUUUUAACUACAUCAUCAUCCAUCAUCAUCAUUAAAUUUUACUAACUUAGCUACUUUGCUUCUCUCGGUGUCGAAAUCAUUCAAACUUCUGUGAAGUCUUGUUUUAUUGUUCCGGGACUGAUCCAAAUAAUAAUAAUUCGACUCACCAGAUUGUUUUAAUUUCCCAAAAAUUACCCGAUAUUACGCAACUACCGGCACGUCGCUUGCGUGCUAUUGCCGCAGGAACCAUCGAGGGGUCUGAGCUGGCGGCAAUGCCCGUGAGGCACCGUCCUCACCAUUCGGUAAGGUCCACGGAUUCCCGGAUCUAGAUUUCCUAUAGACUCGACCUAGUUCUCGACGAACUUCACGGCUCCGAGACACCUCAGUCAUGACAUCACUAAUUAGCGUCUUCACCACAGGUGUAGUGGCGUCUAUUGCUAUCAGAAGCUGCAGGGCGGAUAUCUCUUUUCUUGCGUUUUGUGAUGUUCAGAAUGAGCUGUAAUCUCAAAGUUCAAUUGACCAUUUUGCCAACAUAAUCCAGAAUUCACCUCUGGAAGCAUGCAAUCGACCCCAAGAAUUAUCUAUUUGUUUGACAUUACGCAUCACUGGUGACCUAGUGCCUGAACACUACGAGGACUCGGCCUAACCUGACCACUAAAAAUGAAAUCAAAUCGUGAGUAGAUUAGCGUUCGCGGCUCUAACUUGAGGGCCCAUUAUACCCCGUAUCACUAUUAAAGUUCAAAGUUCUAUCAGAAGUAACCCAUUCACCUAGCCAUACCCUAGCAUCGCCCCUUAAACAUGAUGCCACUCGCGAUAAGCAUUCGUGGUCGUUCCACCCGUUAACUUCUCUGGCGCGUUCUACUUCUUCGCACCAAACUAAUGUUAUUAAUCGAUGGGUCAAAAUUCGAUAUGUAAUAAUUUUGCGACCUUGAGGGUCGCAAAGUUUUAAUUGCUUCCAUUAAAGCACUGGCGAGGGUAGACGCCUCAGAACCAGGGAUACUAGAUUCUACGCGGAGUUGUUGCGAACCGACGAUAUUCGACAUGGGAGUCGUAACUGUCCGUAGAAUAUCGGUGGUCUGUUCAGCGCGCGCCUUAUCGUUAGAACGUGUCGCGACAGGUUCAAUCGUGCGCGAGCGCGAUCUCGACCUCCCGUGACGGGCUCUACGAGAGCGGUCCCUACUACGCAACUCGCGCCUAACCCGAGCACGUGACCGACGCAUAUCAGUACGCUGGUCUCAGACCCGCAAGCCAUCCCGUGAAGUACGACCUUUAUCGUUCGUAUCGCGAUUCUGUCUAUCAUCUCUGUGAUCGCGAAAGCAUGUCGUUUUCAAAAUUUGCAAUCACACAAGAAAAAUAACAAAUUAAGUAUGAAAGCAUCAAAGUAAGCCGUAAUUGUAAAACAAAACAAAGUUCAGAGUUUUUACGCUACUGUGGGCUAUUUGAGUCCUUAAUCCCACUUCUGAUUUUAGCAACGGCUUAAUAAUUUAAAUAAAUAAAAAAUACAAAAGUGGGUAGGAACGAUCGACACAGAAUAUUAAACCUAAGAAACCGGCAGACCGACAGAGCGACCGAGCGACUUGACUGCCUGAGACAGACUGCCGCGACACUGUUUACGCACCGUCAUUUUAUACAGUGGCGCUACAGUGUCUACCCUACAACAUUUUAUCAUAAUAAUCAUAAUAAUGUCUUAAUAUUACUAAAGUCGUUAUCCAUGACAUGUUAAUUAUUAUUUUUAACUUAAGAGGGCGUCGCCUCUAACAAUACAUUCAUAUCAAUUAAGAAAAUAAAUGUAAUUUUUUAAAGAACAUCCUCAUGUGGAGCAGUCAUCCUCAGGUCAAGAUUUUCAGGCAUUGGUUUCCAAAGACAAAUAUCCAAAUUUGAAGAAAAUGUUUUGAACAACUGCUUUCGUUACUGCCAUCUACAGGAGCAAUGAGAAACUAAUCGAAUCGAAGCCAUCUAGUAGCCGGCGCCCGUAAACAUUUUUGUUGAGUGCUUGAGUUGCUUAAUUAGAACUAAUUUAUGUGUAUUAACUAUGAAAUAGAUUCUAAGAUUAAACUUCACUUUUAUGUUAAUAAUUUUAAUAGAACAAAUUAGAGUACAUAUUUGUACGCUGAACUAUAAUGUUUCAUUAAAAUUCAAGAAAUUUCUUUGAUACAUCGCA